AAUGUAAACAAACCAUCGCUCGGCUCCUCACGCCACGCCGCGCCGCCAGCAGGGAGGGACCAGCAGGAGCCAGCAGAAGAUUUAGAAGACAGUAGAAAAAGAGGAAGAAACAAGCAAAUAAAGCCAAUAUACGAACAGGAAGAUAUUAAACAACUAGACUAAGCAUUAAAACAAAGAUUUAGAAGACAGCAGAAAAAAGGAAGACUCAAGGAAAUAAGGCCAAUAAAAAGGAGAAGAGGAAGAUAUUAAACAACCGGGAUAAGCGUUAAAAUAGAUAUAGAAAGAAGAUUUAGAAGACAACAGACAAAAGGAAAAUUUAAAAAGAGAAAGCCAAUAAAAGGAAAAUAGGAAGAUAUUAGACAAAUUAAAAGCACUAAAACAAAGACAUCAACCUCUCCUGCAACCCCCCACACCCCAUCACCCCCCCCACCCCAGCAUGGCAGCCAAGGAAGAGAUGAUGGAGGAGGAGGAGCAGAAGGACGAGGAGGAGUUCCCGCCUGGCAUGGCCCCCAAGAUGCUGUCCCUACUCAAGAGUGUCACCUCCCUGGAGAAGGACCUCAAGCCCCUGCUGGCCCGCCCCUACCACGAGGCCUUCAGCAAGCUGUCCCCUCUGGAGCGUGCCAAAGUGGGAAUGAUGGAGAUCUACACCAUCAACUCCCUCUACUGGAUGCUGAUGAAGGCGAGUGGUGAGGACGUGGAUGACAGUCUCCGUGACGACUACAAGGUGGAGAUGGGGCGGCUGCGGGACACUCAGGGGCGGCUGGCGGAGGUGGAGGCCCGGGCGCAGCGGCAACCCACUGACGCUCGUGUGGCCGCCAGGUUCAUCCGCCGAGGCCUGGGGUUGAGCGGAGACAGAGAGGAAGAAAGUGCAACAGCAGAUGAGGACACUCCCCAGUAAACCGCCAUCGUGGGGAGACAUUGUGGGGAGUAAGGGGAGGAAGAAAAAGAAAGACAACAACCUCCUGAAGAAGUGAGGGAAGGGGAGAUGGGGAGGGAAGGAGAGGAGGCGUUAAGGGAAGGGAAGGAAAGGGGGAAAGAUGACCUCCGGAAGAAGUAAGGGAGAAGGGGAGAUGGGGAGGAAGGGAAGGGAAGGAAGGGAGGGAUGGGGAGAUAGGGAGGCAAGGAGAGGAGGCAUUAAGGGAGGAGAAGGAAGGGAGGGAAGGAAAGGGGGAAAGAUGACCUCCUGAAGAAGUUAGGGAGAAGGGGAAAUGGGAAGGGAAGGAAGGGAGGGAAGGGGAGAAAAAAAACGUAUUGGAGAGGAGAGGGGAAGGGAGGGAUGGGAGAGGAAGUAUAGAUGGGAAGAGAGGGAAGGAGAGAAAGAAGAAGGGAAGAGAAAGGAAGGGACAUGAUGAAGAAGGGGAGAAGGGAAGGGAGGAAUAGAGAAAAGGGAGAGAGUGAAGAAGAGAAGGAAGGGAAAGAUGAUGAGGGAGAGGAGAGAAGGGAGAAAAGGAAGGAGAGAAGAAGGCAAGGAUGAUGAAGGAAGGAAUGGAGGAGAUAUGAAGGAAGAGAGAGAAAGGGAGGAGGAGGAGAGGAAGAAGGGAGAGAGAGAGAGAGA